AGCAGUUUGUUCUAGAGAAACGAGAUGGCGCUUUCGGCGGCGCACCUCACGUCGCCUCAGCGCACGAAUACGAAUCCAUUACCACUUCCACCUUGCUUCUGCACGAUCAGCUGUCUGAAAUGCAACCAAGUUUUCGCUAACGCACUGUGCUCCAGUCAUGCCGGAGUAAAUCAUGGGGAUCGAAGACGCGUGCAGUAUAGUUGGCUGCAAAAAUAGUGAUUGGCGUAUUAAGGAACGGAAUGAAUUUGUGCAGCCAAGUUCGCGGACCGUUGCUGCAACUGUCCGCAUGCACGUGUUACCGGCACUUCGAGAUGUACGGAUUUUUUCGAGGAUACAGACAUUUGCCUAUCCGCCAGCGUUGUAUUCGCUAACCUCCAGAGAAAGUACUUCAACCCUGGAACGUCAGCAAGAAAGAACAUGGCGUCCAGAAUGUCCCUAGCCGCAGCGGCUCUGUUGAUGGUGAUUCUCCUGGUGGUGGCGCUGUCGUCUGCUCAAGAGUACCCGCCUUCCGGACGGCCUGGCGGAAGCGGUCGCGAAUGCAACUACCUCUGUUUCCUCGACAAGUGCAACCGACACAAGUGCUACUACACCUGCAAUCGACCACGGUACUGCGAGGAACAGGCGUCUCUGUUAUUCACGCCGGGGUCUGCAGCGGUGGACGGCGGCGUGGGGUCGGCGUUUCCUUCCCAGGCGGACGACGUGGACGAUGCGUACGUGCCGGACGCUCCGUCGGCGCCUGCUGCGACGCUGAGCGCCUGACGCCGCCCUCACCCGAAGAAGCCAGCACUACGCGCGCACGCAUCACGUCAGUCCGAAACGCCCGAUGACACACUAUAUAGCUACAAUUAACCCCUCCCCCCCCUGCCCCCCCCCUCGCUCAAGUACACACCCCGUGUAUCGGGCACAACUUCAUUAACUUCCCGAUGAACCGUGACGUAUGAGCACGCUGUUUUGCGAUGGGCAUUUUCGCGGUGUUUGGUCACGUGUUCGAGCCGCAGCCCCGGAGCGAAGCCGCGCAAGAAUGGGUUAUUUGGGUAGAGAGAGAGAGAGAGAGAGAGAGAGAGAGAGAGAGAGAGAGAGAGAGAGAGAGAGAGAGAUGCGCUGCGUUCUCUUGACACCUUUAAUUUGAAGUCAGGGUCAAUCUCCUGUUUGAUGCAGCGCUCUAUACAGAUGCCCCUAUAGAUGACCGACGUGGCGACAUGUCCUUGCCAAGUGUCCCCUGUGUAAGACUCGGUUUUAUCGUCUCUUGAGUAGUUCGGAAGGUGUAAGCGAGAUAACAGAUAAGGGUGCGUUAAGCUCGCUGUUUGGUUAUGAACGUCCUGUCCAGUUACAGAUUCAACAAGAGUAUACCUGCGGGCGUUUUAAGACCUGUUCUUGACGGCUGUGCGUUCGCGUUGCUUCAGAAGGCAAGGGAGUUUGGCAGGUAGCCAGUCCUUCGCCGAGGGCAGUACGUUUAGCGUACCGCGAUAGUGACUUCGAAGUGUUGGCACAACUUACACGGUAGUCCGAUAAGCUUUCUUGUUUUCUUAUUUUUUAACUGCGCAGUAUUGAAGAAUGAAAUUCCAAUAUUAUAAUCGCCGCGCUCUUUGUGCCGCCAGCAACACCAGCUGCAACCAGCCUUUUUUUCCUGCCAUGUCCUCCGUGAUCGGAAAAAAACUCGUACUGCACCAACGAUCUUGGAGUCACUGCACUUCUGCACUAGAGGGCGAAAACGUGGUUAAGCGCUUAUCCCACAAUCCGGUGGCGAUGGACGGCGCUAUACAAAACGGCGGUUUCUUGCACGCUGAAGACGGCCGACAGUUAUUUCUCGCGGCUGUUACGUGUAGCAGUUCACUCGCUUUGACGACCCGAACAUUCGCAAUCUCGUUUGUGGUAGCUACUGAAACCACGAACGCGUAGAUUGACCGCGUAUCCGCGGCUUCCGCCCAAGCUGCUGCAGCGCACGGUUAUAGUUUAGGAAUCGGCGCUGACUUCACACCGUGCGGAACGAUCAGCGGUGGUGCAUCGUGACGUCUGCACAACUGGCACGUCUGCUCCGAGCCAUAUGCCCCGGACCGUUUCGCUCGCUCGUGUUCUAACUUGAGUCUUCCCAAAUUUGGGCAUCAGGUACAUACAUUGCAGUUGCAAUAACGGUGCAAUAGCGUUGCAAUAGUUUCAGUAACGUUUCUAGCUCAAAGUAAUAACACUGUAAUCAACAUUCAUCAGUGCUUCUACAAGGAUUCCAGAACCACCGCCCCUCCCCAACAUUUUAUCUACGUCCUCCGAAGCACUCAUCAUCACCUGCACUAGAGGGCAGCAGUGGUGUUUACAUUACAAAAGCCCGGGACGGAAGCACUUGCUGCCAACAAACUUUCCACAGGCCGUACGAGCAAGACUGUGCCGUUGCAUCAUCGCAUCUAUGGAUGGGAGGACACCAAAUCAUCUCCUAUGCAGUGGACAUCAUCCCAGACUACCUACACGACCGCGUUCGUGGCUGGAUAUUGCAGAGCGCUGUGUAAACGUGGUCACAUCUUGCGCGGGGCAUUUCUUUCUCCAAGGACGUGCGCAUUAAACGUCGGCCCUGCCUCAGACUUCUCGGAAGUGUUCAAAGGUCACCGGUCUUUGAGUCGUUAGCAAGUGAACGCAUGUCACUAGAAUGACAAGGGCGAAAGAAAGAACUGAAUAAAUGCAAUGUAUUGAACAA